UCCUUUCACAAUUUCUAAACUGCUUACGUGUUCAUUUGGCAUGUUUAAUAUUUCAAAAUAAAAAAAAAAUAAAUCAAAACAAAUUGGUUUACAUUACUUUCAAGUCAGUAUGAUAUUUCAAACGAGAGUAUGUGUAUUGUGCCUUUUACUUUUGAAUAUAACAGAAUCGAAGGGUAGGUCGUUUUGUGGUCAAAAUGUAAAACCUGAAACUGUUGUUAAAGUUUGUACUGACGAGGACGUGACAAAUGCAAGACGCAUCUAUAUUGAUACAAUUAGUGUUCCAGUCUUGCAGCAUAUAUCUUGUGAAUGUGUUAUUACACCGUCCAAUCAGUCUACUAAUUUUCUUCUUUUGCUCGUCAAUCCCCAUGGAAAAAGAAGUAUUCAGUUUGAAAUAAAUGACAUUGUUUUGGGUGGAACCAUUACAUACGAUUACACAAACAUAACAGGGGCUACAAAACUUUUAUUGUCAACACUUGAAAACUAUAAAAGAAAGGGAGUUUGUCUUAGUAUUUCUCCAGAGGGAGAAACUAGAUUUAACAUUUCUUGUGUGAGUAGAGCUAUAGGGACAACAAUUCAAACCAGCACUGCUAAUAUUACUCGAGGGAGUGAACCAACAGGGAGUGAAGCAACAGUGAAAGUGCCCAUUUAUGACAUUAUAAUACCAAGUGUGAUUUGUGCCAUGCUGCUUGUGAUUAUAUUAUGUCUCCUCGUUUACAUAAGAAGACCGAGACGUCAGAAUCAGACCAAUCAGCUAUCGGAUGAAGUUCCCAAUACAUUACAGCUAUCAGAGAUAGAUACAAGUGCUGAUAAUGACAAAGUCCAUAGAAAUGACGGAAAAGCUGCGAUUGAAUCUUUCAACUCAUACGAACGAUUGAAAAUCUAUGAAAAUCAAAAUUGUAUAGACGAGGUAUAUGAACAACUUGAUAUUGAUAAAGUUUGAAGCCAAACUUAUGAACUUUAUUUUUACACCAAAAUAGUCACGAUUGGGACGUAUUCAAUGUAAUCAAUACAAAUAACUGGAAAGUUUGGUGUAUUUUGAUUCUUUCUUUUUUUUUUGGCAAGAAUAAUUUAAUUCAUCUACAGCGUAGCAGUCCAAUGAACUAUAAAAAGGGACAUACUCCCCUUUCAAUAAUACUUUAUCCAGAAAUAAAACAUGAAAUCCAUAAUCUUAAAAAUCGAAAUACAUUUACACACUUAACACUUGUAAAAUGAAAAUUUAUACAUCAUAUAUCGUAACAAUGGCAGUUUAAACAGUAAAAAACAAUUGUAAUCAACAAUAUGAUACUUUUGCAGUAAAUUAAUAAAAUAUAUGUAACUGAUCACCAAUCAUUUUAAACAUUAUCAAGUAACAGGGGAGAAUUGCUGGUGCCUUAAAAGAUUACAAUUUCAACAAUCACACAAAAUUAUAUGACAAUUAUAGAAACCCCAUACCUCACUACCAUAACAAAAAUGGGUAAAAUAAGUUUAUCUAAUAAAUUUAAACAAUAGCUAAGCGUAAGACAAGGGAACUUCACUAGAUACGACUUUAAUUUGAAUAAACCUUUUAAAGACUGGCGUGAUCCCAUAGCAUUUGCAUGUUAAAUAUCAUUAUCUUUUAUCUUUGUUUGAUAGAGUUCAAUUUGAUAUAAAAACAAAAUUAAUACUUUUUGAUAUCAUAGUAGUACCAAUAUUACUGAUUGGUUCAGAGAUCUGGGGCUAUUUUAUUGCAAAAAAGUUGAUAAAUUACAUAUUAAUUUUUUUUAAGCAUUUUACGUGUUAAACAUCAGACUCCGAACAACGCAGUACUUGGAGAACCUUGUAGAUUCCCUUUAACAGUUUUAUGUCAAAACAGAGCAUUAAAAUAUUGGAUAAAAAUAAAAAAACAAACUAUACCACAAUUGUUUAGUAUACAUGUAGUGAUCAAGUAAAUAACUUUAGAGAACCUUCUUGGACUAAAUGUAUUCACAACUUUUCAAAUUAUAUAGAUAAUAUAUAGUAUUGUGUGUUUGCCAUAUGUAUAUUUAUGUUUGUAUUGUCAAAGGCAGAUCUGAUAUCUGCCGAAUUGCAAAUAAAAUUUUGACUUGACUUGACUUGUUAAUUUAAACAUUAAGUUGUUACAUCGUAAUAACGUGCCCGGUGUCAAAUAAAACAACAUGCCACAAAACUACCCUUAACAUCUUGAGCCACGGAAAGCAACUAAUAGAUAUCAUUAUCACAGCCGAACAGUAAGAAACAGAUUUCGAGAGCGCUGUUGUACAAUAAAGUAAUGCACGGUUCGAGUUCAAAAACACAGGAAU